CAAAAAUGGCGGCGCCCUCGGGAUCAAGUGCCACGUCCAAUAUGUCCAUUCAAAGUAUCGAUAACUUGACAAAUCUCGAUGAUAUUAAGAAGGCUUAUGAACAGCUAUGUUUGGAUGAGGCUGCUGUGACGGAUGAAGUGAAUGCUUUGUUUGAACAGCAAGGGUAUCUAGAAACUAAGAUGUCUUCAUUGCAUAAAAUGCUCCCCAAUUUACAACUGGUUCAAACAGACUCCCAACAGCUUUCAAAUAUGAUUUCCUUCACCUCAACUUUAGCUGAAAAUGUCAGCGGGAAAGUACGACAGUUAGACUUGGCCAAGAGUCAUGUGACCCUGUGUAUGCAACGAGUGGAAGAUAUAUGUGAUCUGAAGUUUUGUACUGAAGGAGUGCAGAAUGCCUUGAAGGAGGAAGACUAUGAGACUGCAGCAGGGCAUGUACACAAAUUCCUGAGCCUUGAUGAGAAUGUGCUGCGGAUGAGUGCCGAUGUCAGUGAGGGGAACACGCUAGACACUUCAUUUAAACUCCUACAUGAGGCAGAAAGCAAACUCAAGUCUAUAGUAAACAACAGAUUUGACGCUGCAGUGCAUGCUGGGGACUCUGGGUCUGUGACGCGAUAUUUCAAAAUCUUCCCUCUACUUGGACUUCAUGAAGAGGGACUGAAGAAAUUCUCAAAAUAUUUAUGUGCUCAGAUUGGAGAGACUGCCGCCAAGAACCUAGAUGCAGCGAUAUCAAGUGGUGUGACUGGUCCAAGGGCCAAUGUUGUUUUUGCUGACACCAUUACCAUGCUUUAUGAGAGCAUUGCCAGGCUAGUAGAAGUUCAUCAACCACUUGUGGAAACAUACUAUGGCCCUGGUCGGAUGUUUUCACUAAUGAAGUACAUCCAGUCAGCAUGUGAUCGAGAGGCACGUAAAAUCAUAGAGGAGUUCAAGUCUGCAAGGCAGUACCAGGCGAAAGUUCAGAGCAUAGAGCAGUCGUUUAUGCUCAACAAAUCUUCAACAACUGAAAGGAUUGAACCUAAACAACUGGAUGUGCUUCUAGUCGAGAUGACGUUACUCAACUCCAGGACGGAACUUUUCUUGAGAUUUGUGCGAAGGAGAAUUACGGCUGAUAUGGAAGUAUCAACAGAGUCGGAAGAAAACCAGAAAAGUAAAUUAGAGGACGUUGAAAAAUUCAUGUCGAGCACUGAGCUCAGUAGACUACUACAGGAGUUACUUGGGGCUUAUAUAAUGAUGGAGGAAUAUUUCAUGAGAGAAAUGCUCACUAAGGCUGUCAACAUGGACACUGCGGAGCCCGGUUCCCAGACUUCCAGUAUGGUGGAUGAUACAUUCUUUAUUGUAAAGAAAUGUGUAAGAAGAGCGAUGUCAAGCUCCAGUAUAGAUGGCGUAUGUGCUAUGCUGAAUCACACGUGCACACUUCUCGAGCAGGACUAUCGGGAAGUUCUGUAUGGCAGACUGCGGGCAGGCUUUCCAUCAGGUUUUGACUUCCAACAAGCUUAUAACCUAGUGCAGACUUCAUUCCAACAGGGGAAACUUCAAGGCCAAGACAAUGAAAAGCAGAAGUCACUGUUUUUGACAUCUUUGAACAAUGCAGAAGUGAGCAGUGAAUUUAUACAAACACUUAAGAAAUCUCUUGAGGAGGAAGCUUCCAGGUUAUAUGCUGGCUCAACAGAACAUGUUUUGGCAAAACUUGAGAGCUGUUUGUCCGACCUUGGCUUGGUCUCGAACAAAUUCAAUGAUGUAUUAGACUUUGGAUUCUCACAAUUAAGCAGUAAUGCAGUCAAACCCCAAGUGAAACCAUGGGUGGAUAGCUUUCUGUCAACCAGUCAUAUGUUAACAGAGGAUGACUUCUCAAAUUUUGAAGCAAAUGAUCCUUGGGUGCAAACAUUUAUCGUCAAUUUAGAUUCCCUUUUAUCAGCAUUCAAGGCAUCACUGACAGGGAGUAAUUAUGACAGACUAGUGAGUGAGUUGACAAAUGAAGUGACAGCUCAACUUGAGAAGGAUGUGAAGAAAACAACUUUUAACAGGCUUGGGGGCUUACAAUUUGACAAAGAUCUGAGGUCACUAGUGGGAUAUCUGACAAGUGUAACCACGUGGACAAUACGUGACAAGUUUGCACGUCUUACACAGAUGGCAACCAUAUUGAAUCUUGAACGGGUUAGUGAAAUAUUGGACUAUUGGGGUGCCAACUCAGGCCCACUGACCUGGCGUCUUACCCCUAAUGAGGUACGCCAAGUGCUAGCACUCAGAAAUGACUUUAGAAAUGAGGACAUACGGAGAUUGAAACUGUGAUUAUUAGAAAUCACUACAGAGUAAUAUACACCCAGUUUUGAUGCUAGUGAGAUAGUAACCCUAAGAUCUUAAUGACCCCAAAAGUGGCCAUCGUGGUCUUUUUAUUAUGGGAGUGUGAAUAAAAAAAUUAUGCUAACAACUUUAAAAGGCAUAAAAUUCUGUGAUGGCAGUGUGAUUGCAGAAUCCUUAUUGGGUGGCUGAAUUUCAGGAACCAAAUCUGAUUGGGUAAGGCAUGAUCAAAUGUGUUCUAUCCACAGCAAGGAUUUUCAUCAUAAGUUUAGGGUGACAGAAAGUGUAUUCAGAAAAGGAUGGCAGGGCAGUCAACCGGGGUAAAAGGGUAGGAGGGCCUAUUAAUUUAUGGUCCUACUCUCCAUUGAUUUAUA